AUGAGAGAUAAGAGAGACUCUUUGAAAAAUUCUGAUUCUCAGAAAAAUUCUAGUUCCAGUGGAAGUUAUGCCAGUAAUGCAGGCAGGAGGGCAGUGAGAGGUUUGGCAAGGAAACUGAGGCAAAAGAACUUGCACGAUCCUCAUAUUAUAUCAGAUGAAUGUAAGGUUAAGAUGUCAGAUAAAGAUAUAUGUAAUGGAGACCCAUCAAACAGUUCUGAAGAAGUCACCAGCACUUCAAAGAGAAAGGAUGAGAAAUUUGAGCAUCAGCCAAUGGAAGAACCUGUUUGUUUUAGUGUGGUGCCAGAGACUAUGGAGGUUGGUCUGGAAGAUCUUGAAGAUCAAAUGGAUGAUGAGGUUACAGCCAUACCAGAAACUGUGGAAGACAGUCUUCCAUGUGAAGAGGAAGAACGUGAUGGAGAGAAGUCCAAGACAGAGGAAGAUGAAGAGGAAGAUACUGAUCUUACAGAUGAGAAAACCACUGGCAUUGGAGAAUUAAAUGAUGGCAUUAAUGAGAAAACCACCAGGAUUCAAGAAGAGUUAAAACCGGAUGACAGUGAGAAAAGAAAAGAAAAAGGUUUAGAAAGGUCACUAGUUUCAGUAAAAGAAGAUUCUCUAAGGAUGGAUGACAUCCAAGAAGGAGAAGACAACAAGGUAAAGAUGGAUGAUGUUGUUUCCAGUCCAGCACAGAGCAGCAGACAGGAGUUUUGGAAAUGGAGGAACUGUUGGGGAGUCUGA